CAUGCUUUAAAUCUUUGAAAUUUCACUAUUUUACCACUCAAAUCUUUGGAUCAAUUUUACUAAUCUUUUCCUAUAAUUUGCAAAAGUACGCUUAUUUUACUUCUCCUCUACCACCAUCAUCUAGUUCUCUCUCACACUAACCACCAUUAUCAACCAUCAUCAAUUCACAUCAACAUAUUAAUCGUCAUCGAUUCGCCACUUCUCAACAUCAACCUUGAUAAAUGAAAACAUAAACCUUGAGAAAUUAUCUUGUGUUAUUCAUGAUUUUCUUUAUUAUUAGUAUCAUUCAAUCUCCAUUUUUUAUACGAACCUUAAAUUCUUUAUAUGAUCAUUAUAUCUACCGGGACCAAGAAAUGGAUGCGGAAAGUUGGCGGAAUAAUUUAUUCAUUUUACAAUGCUUAUGUAAUUCGUUCUGUUGCGGUCCAAACGAUACCUUUUUGUCAGCAGCAAGCCGAACCUAUAUAUUGUUAGAGUGUGAUAUAAGAUCCAGCAGAACAUUCUCCCAACAACUCGUGUUAUUGGGAUCAUCUGGUUCUUGACAUGGUAUUAGAGUUGGUUUGGCCAAGUGAUCGUGUGCUCGAAUCUCCAUGACCCCCAAUAUUAACCUUUGAUUAAAGCACAAGGUAUGGUGGGCCUGUGCAAAAUUCAAGUCCGUGAGUUGGCUUUCGUUUGAGGGGGCGUGUUAGAGUGUGAUAUAAGAUCCAGCGGAACCUUCUCCCAACAACUCGAGUUAUUGGGAUCAACUGGUUCGACUUUUUUUUUUUUUUUUAUCAAUUGCAUCUAUCUGUAUAAUUUGAAAUCGUCGUCGGGUAAACUUACGGCCGAGGUCUUCAUCAGCCGGCCUGAGGUGAACCAAAUUACCGAUUAUGUUUAUGUACGUCUAUAGUACAAUAUAUUUAUUCCCGUCGCCAUCUGAAAGGAACUCUCCAUAUUCCCGCCGGCUAUCUCACUAUAUAAGCAUCGAAGAAGAAGAAGAAAGAAGAAGAUAUUAAUAAUAAUAAUGUGGAAGCUGAAGAUAGCGGGAGACGGGGAGUGGGUGAGCAGCGGCAACGGCAACGUCGGACGGCAAGAGUGGGUGUUCGACCCAACCGCCGGCACGCCGGAAGAGAAGGCCGCCGUCGAGAAGGCUCGCCGGGAAUUCAAAGAGAAUCGAUUCAAGGCCAAGCAGAGUGCUGAUCUACUCAUGAGAAUGCAGCUUACCAAGGAAAACCCGAUAGAGGAGAUUCUUGAAGCCGUGAAACUGAAGGAGAGUGAGGAGAUAACAGAAGAAGCAAUUUCAACCACGUUGAGAAGAGCAAUUAAUUUUUACUCGUCGAUUCAGGCUCACGAUGGACAUUGGCCUGCUGAAUCUGCUGGCCCUUUAUUUUUCAUGCCCCCAUUGGUAAUUGCGUUGUAUGUAAUGGGAUCACUCAACUCCGUCUUAUCAUCUGAACACCAAAAGGAAAUCAAGCGUUACAUUUAUAAUCACCAGAACGAAGACGGCGGGUGGGGAUUGCACAUAGAAGGCCACAGCACAAUGUUCGGUUCAGCACAUAGCUACAUCUGCUUGAGACUCCUCGGCGAAGACGGGGAAGACAUGGCUGUCUUCAAAGCUCGGAAAUGGAUUCUUGAUCAUGGCGGCCUUGUCAGCAUCCCUUCUUGGGGAAAGUUUUGGGUUUCUGUUCUUGGUCUCUAUGAAUGGUCAGGAUGCAACCCAUUUCCCCCAGAGUUUUGGCUUGUGCCAUUGUGCUCACCUAUUCAUCCAGGUAAGAUGUUGUGUUAUUGUCGCCUGGUUUACAUGCCAAUGUCCUAUCUUUAUGGGAAGAGGUUCGUCGGUCCGAUCACCGGAUUAAUCCGCACGUUAAGAGAAGAACUUUACAACGAGCCAUAUCAUCGGGUCAACUGGAAUGCCGCCAGGAACACGGUUGCAAAGGAGGAUCUCUAUUACCCACACCCUCUUGUGCAAGACAUGACAUGGGGAUUCAUCCACCAUUUCAUGGAGCCACUAUUAACACGUUGGCCAUUCUCUAAGCUGAGGAAGAAAGCACUAAAAGUAGCCAUGGAACACAUACACUAUGAGGAUGAGAACAGCAAAUAUCUCUGCAUUGGAUGUGUUGAAAAGGUUCUUUGUCUAAUGGCCUGUUGGGUGGAAGAUCCCAAUUCAGAUGCUUGUAAGAAACACUUGGCUAGGCUCCAAGAUUACUACUGGAUUGCUGAAGAUGGGCUCAAAAUGCAGACAUUUGGGUGUCAGACUUGGGAUGCGGUUUUCGCAAUUCAGGCAAUCAUGUCGAGCAACUUGUGUGACUAUUACGGGCCAACUCUCCGAAAAGCGCACGAAUUUUUGAAAGCUUCACAGGUACGAGAGAACCCUAGUGGUGACUUCAAGGCAAUGUAUAGGCACAUCUCAAAAGGUUCAUGGACCUUCUCAACUCAAGAUCAUGGGUGGCAAGUUUCUGAUUGCACUUCUGAAGGACUCAAGUGUGCACUUCUAUACUCUCAAAUGUCUAAAGAACUCGUGGGGCAGCCGAUGGAAGCAGAACAGUUGUUCGAUGCUGUUAAUGUCAUUCUUUCUCUCCAAAGCAAGAAUGGGGGAUUUCCAGCUUGGGAGCCACAAAGAGCAUAUGGGUGGUUAGAGAAGUUUAAUCCAACCGAGUUCUUCGAAGAUACGUUAAUUGAGUGCGAAUAUGUGGAGUGCACAGGAUCAGCAAUUCAAGCUCUUGCCAUGUUUAGGAAACACUACCCUACCCACAGAAGUAAGGAAGUCGACGCGGCUAUUGCCAGAGGAGCCCAUUACAUUGAACAAACACAAAAGGAUGACGGCUCGUGGUAUGGUUGUUGGGGGAUUUGCUACACAUAUGGGACAUGGUUUGGAGUGGAAGGACUGGUUGCUUGCGGCCGAAGCUACAAAAACAGUCCAGCCCUACGCCAAGCAUGCCGAUUCUUGUUGUCCAAGCAACUCCCUUGUGGUGGAUGGGGGGAGAGCUACCUCUCUUGCCAAAACAAGGUAUAUACCAAUUUGAAAGGGCAUAGGGCAAACCUAGUUCAAACUGCAUGGGCAUUGCUCUCCCUCAUUCAUGCCGGUCAGGCCAAUGUGGAUCCAACGCCGAUCGAGAAGGGGAUUAAGCUGUUGAUUAAUUCACAAAUGGCAGAUGGUGACUUCCCCCAGCAGGAGCUCACAGGAGCUUUCAUGAGGAAUUGUACACUGCAUUAUUCCUCGUACAGCAACAUCUUUCCCAUUUGGGCUUUGGGAGAAUACAAAAGAUGUGUUCUGUAUGCAUAAACUAUACGGGGUGGGUUUCCUGGGGUAUUUUCGAUCUGUAUAGUGUUUGUUUGAAAGUAAUUAAUUGUCUGUAUAAUGUUCAAGAAUACGUAUAUUUUACCUAGUGAAGUUAAUCUAUACAUUUUACAUAGUGUAAGAAAUUCAAGAUAGAGUCAAAACCACAGAUUAAGUUUGGAAUACAAUCCAGAUUGUUGAGUUAUCCAAACCUGAAAGCAAACUCACGCAUUUGAAGUUUGAACAGAUCCAUCAUGUAUAUAUUAUUUUUAAUUUCUUAUACAUAAUUUAAUUUCCAUUUUAUCAAAGUACCAUCAUGUACAAGGCGAAAGAACUCGAGUUUGAAUCUAAUUAGGGGUGGCUAUACGGUCCGAUCCGGUUAAAUUGGUCCGAAUUGAUCUGGUCCUGGUCUGGUCUUUUCGAGAAUAUAAGGACCAAAGAUUGGAUUGGAUACAGUCCGGUCUUGAUCCGGUAUGGUCUUGAACCGGUCCGGUCCCAAUUCGGUCUUGAUUUUAGAUUGAGGUUGUGGGGAUUUGAGUGAUCUGAGGGGUGUUUUGAGUGGCCUAAGGCAUGAAAGGGGUGAGGAGAUUAAAUUUUGGGUGUUGGGCUCUCUUAUCCGGUCUUUAUCCAGUUUUUCGGUCCAGUCCGAAAUGGUUUUUUUACCUCAAUCUAGGCCCAAAAAUUGGAUUGUAUCGUUUGCUAUCCGGUCUCAGUCCGGUUUCGAGUAAAACCAAAAAGACCGGACCAAAUAGCCAGCCCUAAAUCUAAUCAUGUCAGAUGUCCUUCACCUAUGUGUGCUGUUCUUAGUCUCUAAUUACAAAGGUUACGUAACAUCACAAGCUAAGGAAAAUGGUGUCCUCCUCCAAUGGAAUCCUCACCAUCACGAUCAGUAGUAAUUGAUCACUAUGUGUAGCUCCAUAAUUGGUCACCAAUCUGUUCAUCUACUCGAAUCGAUCGACAGGCGGGCAAUAUUAUUGACUAAUUUGCCAACCUAAUUAAAUGCAUGAAAAGAAGAGCGACAGUAGUGACUGCAACUGCAUAUAUCUUCCUUAAUUUAUCUGGCCACUUCACUGUCAUUUCAUAUCGAAGUUUUGUAUCAGAUGGGUACAACAGAAGAAACAUUUAAGACGACGAGAAGGGAACGGUUGAGAGCAGAGCAUAAAUUAAGUCUGUGGUUGGCUGUUGGUUGCAUGCAUGUGCCAUGUGCCAUGUGGUUUGAUAAGUAUAAAAUUCUGUGUGGUUUCAACAAUUUUAGUUGCAAAACAAUCCAUAUUAUUUCAGAAGCAAAUAGACAAAUGAAUAUGAGCUUAUAAUUCAUCAAAUACUUUUAAUCAAAAGGAAUUUCUCAUGGAUAGUGGUGAAAGUUUUUGACUCGCUAAAAUUGCUACUCAAUGGCCAAGUGAAACCAAUAGUGGUAUAGCAACCAUGAGCCCAACAAUCCAACCCAUAUUGACUACCUUAAUAUGUUUUAAAUGUUAAAACUAAAGUGGUCUUAUAAAGUCGUUCCACCUCUACUGCAAGAAAAUAUGCUUUCGACAACCAUAAAUUAUGGUCGCCCAAACUGAAAAAAUGGUUGUCGAAACCUUCCCGCAACCAUAAUUGAUGGUUUGAUAAGAUGGUCGGCAAUACUGCAUCGGUAUAAGUCAAAGGCGACCCUUAUUUGGUAUGGUCGCCAAAUAUCUACUUUAGGCGACCAUAUACUAUGGUUGGUGGAACACCGAUCCGACGAUUAUCUUAUUAUGGUUGCAUGUACACAUUUUCAGCGACUAUACAAAAAUGGUUAGUGAAACGCCAAAAUUCCAGCAACCAUAAUGAUGGUUGCUACAAGAUAGCAUGUUAGGCAUCGAUCUCAUUUAUGGUUGUCAAAUGAGCGAUUUCAUCAACUAUUAUCUAUGGUUGCCAAACAGUGACUAUAAAACUAUUAGAAGUGUUUUUUAAUAUGAGCGGUUGUGUAAAAUGACUAUAAAGGACUUCUAAUAAAACUAUUAGAAGUGU